AGGAUGUUACAGAUGCCAGAGUAAAGGGGAAAUCUGACCAGAAAAGUAUAGGAAAAGAAACCGUGGUAAUAGAAAUUGGGGGAAAGUGAGGAUCCUUCCCCACAAACAUUGCUGUUACUCAGCUCUUUUCAAAAGAUUCGGCUGCUGCCAUUUGUGAGAGCUGCUGGAGACUGAGUGGAAGUCAUUUUGAAAAGACUGAUCCAAGGAAGAAUGGAGGCCGGAGUGAAGCGUGCUGUGCAGAAAAGGCAAGUCCUAUUUCUUUGUGUAUUUCUGGGAAUGUCUUUGGCUGGCGCCGAACCGCUUCGGUAUUUUGUGGCGGAGGAAACCGAGAGAGGUGCUUUUCUUACCAACCUGGCAAAAGACCUAGGGUUAGGGGUAGGGGAACUGACAGCCCGGGGAACUAGAAUUAUUUCAGACCAGAACAUGCAAUUUUUACUGCUCAAUUCGCUUACUGGUGAUUUACUUCUAAAUGAGAAAUUGGACCGAGAGGAACUGUGUGGACCCAGAGAGCCCUGUGUGCUGCCUUUCCAGUUGUUACUGGAAAAGCCUUUUCAGAUUUUCCUUGCUGAACUAUGGGUCAGAGACAUCAAUGAUCACUCUCCAGUAUUUCUAGAUAGAGAGAUUUCCUUGAAAAUAUUAGAAAGCGCCACUCCAGGGGCAGCAUUUCUCCUAGAAAGUGCACAGGAUUCAGAUGUUGGAACCAAUAGCCUGAGUAACUACACCAUCAGCCCCAAUGCCUAUUUCCAUAUUAAAGUCCGCGAUAGUGGGGAGGGGAAUAUCUAUCCCGAAUUGGUGCUGAACCAAGCGCUGGAUCGGGAAGACAUUCCAGAGCUCAGUUUAGUCCUCAUGGCCUUGGAUGGCGGCUCUCCGCCCAGAUCGGGGACCGCCCUUGUGCACAUCAUGGUUGUAGACAUAAAUGACAAUGCCCCUGAAUUUGUGCAGUCGCUCUACGAGGUGCAGGCGCCCGAAAAUAGCCCGGUUGGUUCCAUGGUUGUCUCCGUGUCCGCUAGAGAUUUAGACACCGGAAGUAAUGGGGAAAUAGCCUAUGCAUUUUUUUAUGCCACUGAAAGAAUUCUCAAAACGUUUCAACUCAAUUCAACAUCUGGCAAUCUUUAUCUUAAGAGUGAAUUGGACUAUGAGGCAAUUCAGACUUACACAUUAACUAUUCAGGCCAAAGACGGCGGCGGGCUUUCCGGAAAAUGCACUGUGGUGGUUGAGGUAACAGAUGUAAACGAUAAUCAACCCGAGCUGCUCCUGUCUUCACUUAAUAGCCCAAUUCCAGAAAACUCACCCGAGACAGUCGUGGCUGUUUUCAGAAUUAGAGACAGAGAUUCUGGGAACAACGGAAAAACCGUGUGCUCCAUCCAGGACGAUCUACCGUUCAUCCUGAAGCCAUCUGUAGAGAGCUUUUAUACUCUGGUAACAGAGAAACCCUUGGAUCGAGAGAGGAACACUGACUACAACGUCACCAUCACCGUCACCGACUUGGGAACACCCAGGCUGAAAACCGAGUACAACAUUACCGUGUGGGUCUCCGACAUCAAUGACAACGCCCCCGCCUUCACUCAAACCUCCUACACCCUGUUCGUCCGCGAGAACAACAGCCCCGCCCUGCACAUCGGCAGCGUCAGCGCCACAGACAGAGACUCAGGCAGCAACGCCCAGGUCACCUACUCGCUGCUGCCGCCCCAGGACCUGCACCUGCCCCUCGCCUCCCUGGUCUCCAUCAACGCGGACAACGGACACCUGUUCGCCCUCCGGGCGCUGGACUACGAGGCCCUGCAGGCGUUCGAGUUCCGCGUGGGCGCCACAGACCGCGGCUCCCCGGCGCUGAGCAGCGAGGCGCUGGUGCGCGUGCUGGUGCUGGACGCCAACGACAACUCGCCCUUCGUGCUGUACCCGCUGCAGAACGGCUCCGCGCCCUGCACCGAGCUGGUGCCCCGGGCGGCCGAGCCGGGCUACCUGGUGAGCAAGGUGGUGGCGGUGGACGGCGACUCGGGCCAGAACGCCUGGCUGUCGUUCCAGCUGCUCAAGGCCACGGAGCCCGGGCUGUUCGGCGUGUGGGCGCACAAUGGCGAGGUGCGCACUGCCAGGCUGCUGAGUGAGCGCGACGCGGCCAAGCACAGGCUGGUGGUGCUGGUCAAGGACAAUGGCGAGCCCCCGCGCUCGGCCACCGCCACGCUGCACGUGCUCCUGGUGGACGGCUUCUCCCAGCCCUACCUGCCGCUCCCGGAGGCGGCCCCGGCCCAGGCCCAGGCCGACUCGCUCACAGUCUACCUGGUGGUGGCGUUGGCCUCGGUGUCGUCGCUCUUCCUGUUCUCGGUGCUCCUGUUCGUGGCGGUGCGGCUGUGCAGGAGGAGCAGGGCGGCGUCGGUGGGUCGCUGCUCGGUGCCCGAGGGUCCCUUUCCGGGGCAUCUGGUGGACGUGAGCGGCACCGGGACCCUGUCCCAGAGCUACCAGUACGAGGUGUGUCUGUCGGGAGGUUCUGGGACAAAUGAGUUCAAGUUCCUGAAACCAAUUAUCCCCAAAUUCCUACCCCAGAACACAGGUAGGGAAGGCGAAGAAAAUUCCCCAUUUCGGAAUAAUUUGGGUUUCUGAUAAAGAAUGAAAACUAAAUGUGUGUCUGUGAAUGCAUUUCUAAUUAGGAACUUAUCUUGAGCUGCCUGUAGAAGAGUGUCUUUAGAUCAUUUCAAAUAUGUACUCUUGAAGUCAAGAAAUAAAUUUCUGUGCAUAGAGAAGAAUCUACAUUUAGUACCAGAAACCCUUCUCAAAGCAUGCCAUGUAUAUGUGUAAUGUUUUAUGUCAAAUAAUUACGCUUAAUAUACAGUUUAUUAAAUGGUAAGUCUUGUUUGAGAUAUUUUAAA